GUAAUUUAUUUACGAUGAAACGUUUCUUCUUGAUGGUGACAAUCUCGCUAUAAAUCCCAGAGAAAGUGAAGGGCUUAAACAUAUGCACCGUCAAUAUAUCAUUCCUUGUAGUAUCUAUGGUAUGAUGCCGAAUGACUCAACCCGGAUCACCCCUCGUAGGUGGCAGCAGUGGUAGAUUAUUUUUGGCUUCGGGAGGGUGAAAGCUUAUGAAAUGUGUAAGUAAAGUAUGAAUUUUUCUUCAGGCGAGUAAGUCGUACUAGUCAUGGAUUUAAAGGGAAAGAUUGUGCUAGUGACAGGCGGUGCAGCAGGUAUUGGUCGAGCCUAUUGUGAAGAACUUCUGAAACAUGGGGCAAAGGUUUCAGUUUGUGAUAUCAACACAGAAGCCGGAGAGCAGUUAGUUCAGCAGUUGUCAGCAAAAUAUGGUAAAGAUAAGGUAAUCUUUUGCCAGUGUGAUGUCACAGAUUAUCCACAAUAUGAAGAAUCAUUCCAAACAACAGUGUCAGUAUUUGGUAGUCUUGAUAUUGUCAUCAAUAAUGCUGGCAUUAUGAAUGACCGCUUCUGGGAGCUUGAAGUAGAUAUUAACUUGAAUGGUAUAAUCCGUGGCACACUGCUAGCACUGAGAUUUAUGGGAAAGGACAGGGGUGGUCAUGGAGGAACAGUUAUAAAUACAGGUUCCAAUGUGAGCUUGCAUCCAUAUGUCAGCAUUCCCAUCUAUACUGCCACCAAGCAUGCAAUUGUUGGUUUCACACGGGCCUAUGGAGACUCAUAUCACGUGAAUAUGACAGGAGUACGUGUGAUUGCACUCUGUCCUGCUGCAACAGAAACAGGCUUUAUUCAAGACGUGAAAAAGCAGCUUCUGUCUUCAGAAUAUGAGAAGGCUUGGCAGCGUGACACGGCUAACAGCAUUCCACAAAAACCAGACCAUGUGGCCAGAGCCCUGAUACACAUUCUUCAGAAAGCUGCAAGUGGUUCUGUGUGGCUGGUUGAGAACAGCCAACCUCCUCAGGAAAUCAACUUUCAAAGCCAGUAGAAUGUGCCGUUCAUCUUUCAGUGCAUCUGCAUUCUCAUGCUCACACUUUUCUAGUCCGAUGUACUCAUCUGCUGCACAAAAUGUUAUCAUUAUCGUAACAUUUUGUGAUGCUCCACAAUAGUACAAAUUACACACAACUUUGUUUACUGCUUAUGUGUCUUGCUAAUAAGUUACCAUACAUUGCAAAGUGUUGAAGGAAUAAUAUGUAAUUGAUAUCCAUUUUUUUCUUCCUUAAUUUUCCUCUAUGAGGUUUUGGUGGAUGUAAUUACAUGUAUUACAUUAUUUCAGUACAUGUAUAUCAGAACAGGUUUGAUUGUAUACUGGUGAUAAUGAAUCCAGCCUUUCAAGAAGUUGUGUUGGUUGCAUAUAUUGGUAGCAUCAUGGUCAUUGUGUAGAAAUUAUCUUUUCCUUUCAGUUUGACCACGAUAAAUAAUGGAGCAUUGGACUUAGUCAAAUGUAAUUUGGUACUGCGAUAUAUCAUACACAGACCUACAAAUUAUGCAUGAUAUUAACCCUUUAGAGCAGAAGUGACAUAAGUCAAAUUCUUGUAAUGUUUUAUUAAAUUAUUUUACUUGUUAAUAACAAAUUAAAAAUGUUGGUUAAUUUGGUGUGCCUUCUAGGAGAUUUUAUUAUUUGUAGUAUAAAUCUAUUUUUAUUUAUUGCAGUGAAGAAUUGAAACCACACACCUAAGAGAACUCGUUUUUAUAACUUUGUUGACUUGUACCACUUUAGUGCUAAUCAUCUCACAUAGUGUUUGUACAUCUGAAAUGUAGGUCUGACACCAAAAACCCUUACAAACAUGGUAAUGAUGUGAAACUUGAGGUGUCUGACAGAUUUAAUGCAGACACAGUGUGAGCAUGGUAAAUUCUUUGAAAAAAUAAUAAUAGACCUUAAUGAUACUGAUAAAAUUAUGACACAAAAACAGCCAAUAAGAACUGUGACCCAAGUUGGAUUUAAUCAUAUGACAUAACAUGAUCAUUAGACAAGCCCUAAAUGCUAACUUAUGAGCAACAUUACCUCGUAGGUAUAAGUCCAUGAGGGUAGUGAUUGUAAUCAGAUAUAUUUGACUCGUAGGAUUUUAUUCUGUAGAUUUAAUAAUAUUCACGCUUAUUGCACAGUACCCUGGAAAUAGAAGAAUUAGUUACUAAUUUAGGAAGGUUUUCAGAAUAUUUGCUAUAAGAUUUUAAAUCAUUAACUCAAUCCGAACAAUAACAUAUGCAUUCACAGCAUUGAGAGUGUUAAUGUGUGUGGAAACUCUGUGUACUUUGGCAUGGAUUUCACAUUUCUAAUCUUGUUCUUAAAAGCACCACUUUCAUAUUAAAACUGAAUAGUUUACUUAAUUUAUUGGCUCGUUGAUUAACAAAUGUUAUGCAAAUUUAUAAAUAAGAUUUAAUUUUAAGAUGUGCCAUACAAAUACAACACAGUAGCAACUGAAGUAAAUGUUAGUAACCAGCAGAAUUGACACGUGCCAGAGAUUCUCAUCAUUGAAUCCACUUCAACAGCAGUUUGUAACCAUAGGACUUAUCUAUGUCUUCAGCAUAAGCUUGUUACAGAUCCUUGGUUAAUGUCUGUUUAUUGUUUUCCUUGUUGCAUAUGUUUGUUUUUUACUUUAUUCAGAUUCACAGGAUACAUCAGAAUACCUAUAACAAAAUGUUUUAUAUCUAAAGCAAGAAUCCAGUGUGUUUACAAAUUCAGCUAAUAUUCAGGAACCAUGAUGAUUUUGUGCUAGCAAGUUCAGUGAACCUCUUUGUUCAAGAAAUAAAAAGCCAUUAUGGGCGUUACCUCAUCUUAUUAUUGUGUGUAUAACCAAUUACAGUUGAGUGAAAAUAAUGUAUCCAAAUCUUUAAUUGUGUCUUAGUUAUGAAGUCUUGUCUUGAGAUCUGUCCAUGUAAGUAUAGAGUUACAGUCAGAUGUUUUGAAAACUGAUACUUUCCCUAAAAUGAACUUAAGGAUUUAAAUUACCGCAUGAAGUGAGUGACACAUGCAACUACCAUUGCAAGAUUCACAUGUGAAAAUUGCGCCACAACAUUGCUUAAGACUUAAUGUUUAUCUAUACACUGCUGAAAUCAAUGAUGAACAUCAAAUUGCCUAAAUAAUAUCAGUUUUGUGAGGUUUGAGGCUCUCGUGAUGACGAGCAUGAAGGCUGCUGUCUUUUUGGUUGUGCCAUGUAGUAUAGUAGAAGUCUACCAAUAUUUCAGAGCUGCUUGUUGAUUCUAUUACCAUCACCAUGGUGGUGGAGACAGCAGGCACCUCUGUAAUGUCUGUAAACUUCUACCAGACUCAAUGGUGCAACAAUCCAGAAGACAGCCACCUUUAUAUUUUUUUUCUUUGCAUUAUUCUAAUAAAAUAAAUUUCCUGAGAUUGGAUUGCCAUGUUGAGAAAACUGGGUGUAUGACACAGAUCAUAACCUAGGAAACAAUGAAACCAAAAUUAUUUGUACUUAAAUGGUUAUUUUUAUCCAUUCUUAACAACAUAGUAUUUAUUUUCCAUGUAUAUUAGACUGUAUGUCAUUGUUUCAAGGACUUGCACUAUAGUUAAAUUGAUGAUUAUUAAAUAAAAUCAUGUGGUUUCUGACUUUUAGUAUACUAUGUGCAAUAUGUUAAGACCAAAAUUAUGCAAUCUUAAGUUUUUAUCAUGUGAAAUUUGUGCCUACCCUAAAAGGGGGAUGGAUUACCUCAAAAUGUAAAGUGCUGAGAAAAAGGAAAAAAUUAUUGAUGUUUAUAACUUUUUAUUCUAAGCACUAUAACAACAAGUGAAAUGCUGGUCUGGCCAGACAUGGGAAUGGAGAUGAUUAACACCAUCUGCAGUAUGACUGGUAUUAUUCAGGUUCAUUUGGAGUGAGUGAUGAGAGUGUUGUGUUAAUUUUUUAAUGCAAAAUACUCUUCAUCUGGUUUAAGUGUACGUUCUUUAUAAUACAACCCGCAGUCUAAAUGUUGUGAUCCUUAGACUAGUGUUCUAGUGGAUUAUGAUGAUGUUCAGGUUAUGAAGAUAUAUAAGGCAGUAUAUCAGCUUUCCUAUUUGUUCUAAAGAUUACGUGAUAGGGGGACUGUCCAUAAAUCAGACUGGUGACUGGAGAUUAUUUAAAAUUUCACUUAAUCUGAUAACAGCAUUUCAAACAUUGUUUCUGAUUUUGGAAAAUGUUGUGGACCUUCAUCCUUUUUACACCAUGUAGAUGAGAACAGUAGUAAUAUAAAUAUAAUUAAGAUAAAUUGCAUGUAUGAUUAUUAUUAAAAUUAUAAGCGUUGAGAGAAUUUGGAUUCACAUUUUUAUCCGUUGUUCUGUAACAUUUUUUAUCUUUACUUUCAGUUUAUUGAGCUGUGUUUUCUUAUAUACAAAUCUUUGUCCACAUAAUACCAAGUUCUUACGGUACACAGCUAACAGUUACUUGUUGGUUCAGGAAGAUUUUUGUACAGUAAUGUGCUCAGUUGGUAAUGUAAAACAAUUUGAUCUCAUUCCUGUUUAACAGAAUUGUUAUACCUGAAUGAAAAUGCCCUCGUAUGUGCUGUUGUAUGUGAAUGUAAAGUAUUAUUUUUGCCUUCUGUAUUAUUUUUCAAAUUUGUUUCCAUUCCCAUACAAGGUUAGUAAAGUAUUUAGCAGAAUUAGAAUGUUUCUAGUUGCCAUUGCUGAUUGGUGGAAGGCCCCAAAGUUACUUGAGUAUGAACUUGAUCAGUGUUGUUAAACAAGUAGGUGCUAUGUAAUUUAUUUUUAGUAAAUUGCUUGCAAACUCGUAGGUAUUCUGUGUAUGAUGUUAAAUAAUUCUAAUAUAUAAGGCAUGUUACAUUAAUACUGAUGAUGAUAUCAAUGUUUGUUCUGAAAAAGCAUAUUUUUAAAUUUUGUAGCAUUAUUGACGUGUGUUGCUAGUAUUUAACAAAAAGAAUUAUUUUACUGAAGGAAAUGUGUUUUAACUCUGAAACAUUUAGAAGAAUUUUUGUACAUGGGACAUUUGGAAUUACGGAUCAUACCUGAAACCAUUAAAAUGUUUAGCCUCUGUCAACUGAAUUUUGUACAAAAGUGCAUUUUGAAAUAACUUUUAAGGGCAAAGGGGUGUUGUCCUUUUGACAAAACAGGGUUGGCAAACUGAAAAUGUAAUAAAUUGGAACUGUGUCCACCUUCAGAUAAUUUACCAUGCAGAUCCUUCAGUUCUUGUUAGCAAACUAUUGUAUAAGUUGUAUGGCACUUAAUUUUUAAGAAAAAAUAUUGAAAUUGUGGAACAUAGACUUUAAUACUGAGGUUGAUUAUAUAGUGAAUCUCAUACCAAAUAUUAAUUCAGGUUUUUAAAUAAAAUUAUAAUACUAUUAAUAAUUUUGCAUUAUAGGGAUGGGUUAAUUAGAUUACAUAGCAUUUGUAUUUGAACUGUAUUUAUUGAGGUUGUGCAGUAAUUAGAUUUUAUAAAUGGGAUUAAUAAAAUUAUUCAGCAUAUUUCAUAACUGUAGUUACAAAUAAUGCUUUUGCAUGAAAGAAAUAGGUGACUAGAGUUUGUUUUGUAACAAAGGGUUCCUGUUCUUCAUGGUAAAGUGGGUAAAUCAUAUUAUGCUUCAUCAUGACUGAAUUCAUUAGUACAUAACAAUUUAGUAAAUGGGUAUUUCAACAGAAUUAUCCAGAAAAUUUGUUUUAUGCAAAUAUUACAAAUUGAGUUUACAUUUUCUAAAUAAAUAUUUUACUUGAAUUGGAUGAUACAAGAUGUCAUUUUUAAAAGUGACAUAGUGUCUUAUUUAGAAACAUUGAUUGGCUGACAAAGGCACAUGACAGAUGUGCAUGAGUGUCCAAAACUUGACCACCAUUGUUUGUGUUGUUGGUUUAGUAGACCAAAGAGUAGUUGGCUUAUAAUUGGACAGUUACAUAAUUUUGCUUUACUAUGCAUGAUACUGUGGAAUAUUGAAGAUAUUUGUCAGAGGUAUUAGUUACUCAUAUAUUCAAAUAUGAGAAAUUAUUAUAAUCCUUUUUCGAAGGAAGUGUUGCUUAACAAAAGGAUACACCCAUUGAUAAUAAAUGUUAAGAAAAGGGAUGUUACAUUCUGAUAUAAAUUCAAGUGUUAUAAGUCAUUAUUUAAAAUUAAGAAUGAAUUGAUAUUAUUAGUUCUUUUAAUUGAUUUCUUAAAUAAUUGAAAUUAUAAUGAUGUUACUAUAGAAACACAAGUUGCCGUAGUCAAUUGUUAGUUCCAGGGUUCACCUGGAACAUACAGUAGCAAGAUUCUUCAUGUUUACUCCAAACAUAUCUUUGAGACUCUAAAUUAAAGAAAAUUGGAUAUUGAUGUGUUAUGGUAACUUCAUAAUAAAGUUAUGGUGAAAAUGCAUUAUAUUAACGAUCUUAUGAUUUAUAUAAUGCUGUAGAUUUUCUUAUGUGUGUAGAAUAGGAACCCUGUAGGCCUUAUGAGAUUUUUUACUAUAUUAAUUAUAAGUCACUAUAGAUUUUCUGUUGUGCAGCUCCUUUUGGUGUAAAAGCCAAAUCCCUUUCUACAUGUUGUAGUUUAAAAGAACUGGAUUAGCUUUUUGAUAAGAAGUAAAAAGAAUAUGUUUUGUAACAUUUUAUAUAAUAUGUAAAAUAUAAAUUUACAAAUCUUAGGUUUUACAGUUAUAAGCAUUAUAAAAUUUUAUUUGAAGCCCAGUUGAGAGAUUACAUGUAAUUAUAAUGUGUGUUUCUAAAUAAACAUUUUUUCUAAGCUUGGAAUGAAAUGUGUGCCAUGUUUUUGCAAAAUCUUUUAAGAACAAGUGUCUAUAAACCGAAAACAUAUAUUCUCUACCAGAUAUAUUGUAAGCACUGCGUAAGAUGUGUAUGUUUGUAUCUUUAAAUCUAUAAUAACCCUUGAAUUAAAAAUGUAAGUAAUGCUAGUAUUAUCUGUGUAAGAUAAACAUUAUGCAGUAAAUAAUAGUUUGCUGGUAUAAAUUUAUGAUUUUGACAUUAUAAGUAACUUUAUUUAUAAUAAUACUUUUGUUAGUAAUUGCAUUUAUACUGAGACUGGUCUUAAUUGUGAUGUAGAUUCACUAGGGUUCACUGUUUUAAUGGGAUUAUGUUAGCAAAAUUGUAUGUAUAUACAAAGAAAAUUGUAAACAGGUUAUGUUUGUCAAUCUCACUACAGGAGAGACCAAACAAUGUAUAUCCUUUACAAUUUGUACAGGAUUAUAAAAUGGUAAAGUACUUGAGGGUACUCAUAAUGAAAAGAUACUAUGAGAAUCUAUCAUUAUAUACCUUUAUCGUACAGAAAAAUGGGAUUUAAACCCCUGAAUUACAGGGCUGCCAACCAGAGUAUGCUGCUGAACACCUAGCAAGCUGAAUUCCCAGUUCAACAUUUCCAGUUUUCUUUAAUUUCUACACUUUAUUAAUAGAUGUACUGAUUGCAAAAGAGAAUUUUAUGUAGUAUAUGAAAAUGUAAUAAUAUAAUCAUACAAAUACAUAAAACGUUUUUCACUCCCUUA